GGUGGAGGCGAUGAUGCAGCGAGGCCCCGUACACCUGAGCCACCUUUUGCUGUGGUUGCUUCUUGGGCAAACCUCUGCGGAUUUGCCCAUGUGCAAAGAGUCCGAUUAUCACUUUGAGUACACAGAGUGUGAUGUACUCGGGUCACGAUGGAGAGUGGCGGUUCCCAACAAAGCCGACACAUGCACAGGCCUCCCAGAUCCUGUCAAAGGCACUCAGUGCACCUUCUCCUGUAGUGAGGGGGAGUUCCUCGACAUGCAGUCGCAGCAGUGCCAGAAGUGUGCUGCGGGCACCUACUCUCUGGGCACCGGUGUGGCCUUUGAUGACUGGGACAGCCUGCCGUCUGGUUUUGUCACGCACGGGGUGAACGCCAACGGCGAGGACAUCCUCACAGACUGCUCCAACUCAACCUGGACACCAAAGGGUGAUUACAUAGCCUCAAACACAGAUGAGUGCACUACAACGCUGUCCUAUGCUGUGAGCCUGAAGAAACCCGGAACUGUGUCCUUUGAGUAUUUCUACCCCGACAACAGCAUUUACUUUGAGUUCUUUGUCCAGAAUGACCAGUGUCAGUCCACAGACUCUCAGAGCCGGUGGAUGAAGAUCUCUGACAGCAACUGGAGCAAAUACAGGGUCCAGCUGAGCAGCGGCAACAAUGUGCUAUAUUGGAGAUCCACUACAUAUGCUUUGCAGGGAAGUGCCGUCACACCUGUGAUGUUAAGAAACAUUGCCAUCUCAGGGGUGGCCUACACGUCAGAGUGUUUCCACUGUAAACCUGGCACCCACAGUGCAAAACCUGGAUCUGCCCACUGUACCCCCUGCCCUGCUGAAACCUACUCCAACAAGGGUGCUACUGUUUGCCAUCAGUGUGAACAAGACAAAUAUGCAGAGGCUGGUUCAGGGAGCUGCAAACCGAGACCUGCGUGUACAAACAGUGACUACUUCUACACCCACACUCCCUGUGACUCUGAAGGAAAGACCCAGCUCAUGUACAAGUGGAUCGAGCCUAAGAUCUGCAGCGAGACUGUUACAGGAGCUGUGCAGCUGCCUGCAUCAGGGGAGAAGCAGACCUGUCCUCCAUGUAACCCGGGUUUCUUUGUCACCAACUCUUCCUCUUGUGAACCCUGCGACAAAGAUUUCUACUCAAAUGGAACAGCCUGUAGCAAGUGCCCGGUUGGCACAGAGCCAGUGGUGGGUUUCGAGUACAAAUGGUGGAACACGAUGCCGGACAACAUGAAAAGCUCCAUCUUCCGUGGCGAGAUCAGCGACUCUGAACGCAGCACGGCAUGGGAGGUGGCUGGAGAGUAUGUGUACACCACCCCUGGGGAUCAGGACACAAACUACCUGAUGCUCACGCUCAAUGUCCCUGGAUACAGCCUGCCUCAGUCCAUGGCCAAAGACAAUGAGAGGAGUGAACUGUCUCGCAUCACCUUCGUCUUUGAGACCAGCUGCACAGCCGAUUGCAAAUUUUACUUCCUGGCGGGUUAUAAUCAGUGGAAUAAUGAUGUGGUGGAGCAGUGGAAAGGCAGCAACAGCAAACAGUCGUACUCCUACCUGAUCCAGGGGAACGGCACCACCAGCUUCACCUGGACAUUUCAACGAACAGAGGAAUUUAACGCGGAACGGAAAUACAGCGCAGAUGUUGCGAAGAUCUACUCCAUCCACAUCACCAAUGUGAUCGGAGGUGUGGCCUCGCAGUGCCGCCGCUGCGCCCUGACCUCCGCUGAGGCCGGCUCCGCCUGUGUUCCCUGCCCGCCGGGACACUACAUGGUCAAUGGGACGGGAGUGUGUAAGAGCUGCCCUCCAAACACCUUCAUCAGGGCCGAUCAGCCUGUCGGAGAGGCUGCUUGUAUUCAGUGUGGACCAAACACAGAGAGAAACGAGGCCCACACAGCUUGUCUCAGUGACUGUACGUUGGACGUUCAGACAAAAGAAGGAGCGCUGCUGCACUAUGACUUCUCUCCUCUGGCCAACGUCACCGGCUUCCACAGCAGCCCCCGCUUCACCAACAAAGGCCUGAGAUAUUUCCACCACUUUGAUUUGGGCCUGUGUGGGAAAGAGGGUAGAGUGCCGGCUACCUGUGUGGACAAUGUAACAGAGAGUGGGAGAGAGGUCAAAGGUUACGUUUGUCAGUCCACUGUGGUUCCCUCUGACAUCAGGAGCCAGAGCGUGGUGUCCUCCCAUCCUUUUCUUAUUGGUGACUCACUCAUUGGUGUGACCACUGACUCAACCCUGAGUAGCAUCUCCUCUCCAAACUGGCUGUUUCCGUCUGCCUCCGGCCUGCCAGAUGUCAUAUUCUAUUACAAGUCCAGUGAGACGACUCAGGCUUGUAAACAGGGCAGGUCAGCCUCCGUUAGACUGAGAUGCAAUCCCGCUGUGACCGCUAAAGACCUCAUCACGCUGCCGAGUAACUGUUCAGAGGGGACGUGUGACGGCUGCACUUUCCACUUUCUGUGGGAGAGCCGGCACGCAUGUCCACUCUGCACCAAAAACAACUACAGAGAGAUCGUCAGCGCUUGCAUCCAGGGAAUACAGAGAACCACCUAUGUGUGGCAACAGCCUUUGCAGUGUUACGGAGGAGAGUCAUUACCAGCACAAAAAGUCAGCGCUUGUGUGACUCUGGAUUUCUGGCUCAAGUUUGGUGUUUCCACAGGAACGAUCGCUGCUGUGCUGCUCAUCAGUAUCAGCUGCUAUUUCUGGAAGAAGACACGCAAGUUGCAGUAUAAGUACUCCAAGCUGAUGAUGAGCUCUGGUGGUAAAGAGUGUGAGCUGCCCACCGCAGACAGCUGUGCAAUAAUGGAAGGCGAGGACGCAGAGGAUGACAUCAUGGACCUCACCAAGAAAUCCUUCUUCACCAAAAUUAAGACCUUCUCACGAGAGAGGACAUCAGAUGGAUUUGACUCGGUUCCACUUAAGUCAUCAUCUUCGCACCACCAAAGAGACGAGGAGGACUCCGAUGAUGCUUAAUUUAGAGGAUGAACAGAUCCUUCUGCCAAAGCGCAGAGGAAAUGUUACAUUUUAGAUAUAUGGCUUGACAUCUAUAUAGCUCCAGCAGACGCAGUCACAGAAAACUGAGAGAGGCUGUUGAGUUAGUUUGAUUUAUUACAAAAGAUGUAGCCUUACUGAGGGAGAUUUAAAAUAGUGUAAAGACUGACAAUUUUAUGUAGAAUCACUUUUCAUAUGUUCGGUUGCCAAACCUAAUAUUGCAAUACAACGUCUCCAUAUUGGGGAUACUCUGUAUUUUCAAAGCUCAGUGGUGUAUUUCAAAAUGAUAUAAGAACCAAGCUUUUUAAUAGUAAAGUUACAAUUGUUGUAGAUGCGAGACUGUGUGCAUUUGACAUAAUGGUGAGUGUGUAUUUCCUUUUAUAUUUGUUUCUUUUCUCUCUCUUCUUUUAUUUUUUAGGAUGUCUGUUUUUUUUUUCAUUAAACCAGCCAUCCAGUUCAGUCUUUGAUGUCAUUUGGCAAUAUGUGAUUUAUAUUUGUGACAGCUUUUGAUAAUGUUU